UUUUGCGCUUUCGUUUUUUCAAAUUCAUUCACUUUAAGGUUGGUUCUGAACGUCGUGUGCCAUCAUCUUCAGUCAACCUCCAUCGUCUUGUCUUAUUCUACCAUUUCGGUGCCUUCAGGUUUAGGAGAAGAGUUGCAGCGCCAGUUCUUGAGGAGAUCCGCUACCAGUUUCCCUUCUGAGCUAUGCAAAACGGAGCAUUUGACUGAGUUCAGCGGUAGGAGUAUCACCGCACUCCGGCGGAUAAGACGGUGGUUUCUUGCAGUUAAAAUUAAUCGGAAGCAUCGAUAGAAGAGUUGGGGAAUCGAGAGGAUCGAGCGGCGGAGAUCACAAAAAUGUUGGCGGAGCCUCCUCCCUUCCAGGAAGCAGCGCGCUGUGAAGUCUGCAAAUGCAGUUUCAACACCUUCCGACGACGGCAUCAUUGCCGAUGCUGUGGAAGGACGUUGUGCCACGAACAUUCUUCUUUUCAAAUGGCCUUGCCGCAGUUCGAUAUUCGUGCCUCUGUUAGAGUUUGUGCUGACUGUUUCAAUAACUCCUCUCAAUCUAGAGAAGUUGGUCGGCCACCGUCGUUACCGUCGUUAGCUGUAGUUGAUCAAGUUGCAGAUACAGUUUCUCAAUUAAACCUUGAUGGGAAUGUAAAUUCUGAGCCUAAGUCUGCUGUGGAGCAUCAACCUGCGUUGAGCAUUUCAGAUUGUAAUUGUGGAAUGCCAUUGUGCAUUUGUGUCGCUCCAGUCCAGUCUACGGAAACAGAAUCUGUUCCUUUGCAGAAGAAAACAGCUUCCACCUCUACUCAGAACAAUUCAAAAGCAAAGAAGACUGAUUCCAAUCUAAGGAAUAGAGGAUCUACUUCCAACAGCAAGCUUCGGAAUCCUGCAGAUGAAUCAAGGAUCAAUUAUGAAGCAAGUGGCGAGGGGUUGAGGGAAGCAAUCAAGAAUGGUGACACAUAUGCUGUCAAGAAACUUUUGAGUGAGGGUGUAGAUGCAAAUUACCAUGACAAGCAAGGAUUGUCUUUGCUGCAUGUGGCGGCCGUCUUUAAUCAGACUGAUAUUGUUUUUGCCCUCAUUGAAAGUGGUGCUAGCCUGGACUACAAAAAUGCUCAAGGAGAAACGCCAUUGGAUUGUGCUCCAGCUUCUUUGCAAUAUAAGAUACGAGAGAAGAUGGUGGGAGGAGAGUGAAGAAGCAACAGCCCACAUCACCUAUUAUUCUAAGGUUUGGUUAUAUCGUCGAUGGAUUGGUCAGUCGAACAUUCGAUGGAUUCUUUGAAUUGAAGGUUGACCAAAUUGAGUUCAACAACUUGUGGGUGAGAUGUGAUUUAAAUCUUUUACCUUUUGGUGAUAUGUGUUACUCGUUGAGUUGUAACACGCUACACGAUGACAAGACAAUGCUUAUGUGGAAAUUUUAAAUAGCGUGACAAAAUUGAACUUUACAUUAUAAUUUGCUUAAA